AGACACAAACACACACACACACACACGCAGACCACGCACGCGUCCUAACCUCCUCUCCUCACUCCCCUCCUCCUCCUCGUCCGCGACCCACCACCCAAAGAUCUCGCCCUCCUCUCGAAAAUCUCCCACUCUCCUGGCCCUCCGGGGAUUCGCGCGCGCGCUGCUUCGCUCGAUUUGGUUUCUGGCUGGAUUGGAUCCGGGGAGGAGGAGGUGGGGUUCGGUUUCGUGCCGCCAUUUUCCCCAAUUUGGGUGCUGCGCGCGUCCGUUUUCUUGGCUGUUCUUGGGUGGGUGAGGUGGGGCGGUCGGAUCUUGCCGGGAUGGGCGAGCUUUGGGCGGGAUUUGAUCGGCUCGGAGCGUAGGGCGCGGCGGGCAUUGGCCAUUUUUCCUCUUUUGCCCGAUUUUUGAUUUUUGUUUUUUUUGGGUUCUUGGGAGAGGCUCGCGCGGCUGCGUCCCUGGAAGAAAUCUUGUGCCCAUUUCGUCGUGCUUUGUGGUGUCCCUCCAAGAUCGCUAGAUCCAAUUCUCUGGGAGCAUUUUCGUUUCUUCCCCUCGAUUCGAGAGACUGUCACUAUCAAUCGCUGUCAUCUCAUCUCCCAACCUUUUUUUUCUUACCCUCGCGGAAAUCUAAUCCUUUUUUUUUUCAAUUUCGAUUUAGUUGCUGUUCGUCCUCCUCCACCAAGAAUCACCCACCCGCGAGAUCCAAUCCAAUCCUCUCGCUUGCAUUUUCUGCUGCUGCGUGCGCGUGCUGAGAUUUCAUUCGGAUUUGUUGGGGGUUCGCUGAGAUCGGAGAUGACGUCGCCGGCGACGACGUACGCCUCGCCGUUCGUGCUGUCGGUGCUCCUCCUCGUCUCCAUCCCGGUCAUCUUCCUCCUCGCGCCGCGCCUCCUCCCGCCCAAGACGCUUCCGGCCAUCCCGGACGCCGACGAGUCCGACGACCUCGCGCUCUUCCGCCGCGCCAUACUCUCCUCCUCCUCCCCCUCCUCCGCCACGCCCACGCCCUCCUCCGCCGCGUCCUACUUCUUCCGCCGCCGCCCCGCCCCCAAGGUCGCCUUCCUCUUCCUCACCAACUCCGACCUCGUCUUCUCCCCGCUCUGGGAGAAGUUCUUCCGCGGCCACCACCACCUCUUCAACCUCUACGUCCACGCCGACCCUUUCUCCGCCCUCACGAUGCCGCCGACGCCCUCGUUCCGCGGCCGAUUCGUCCCGGCCAAGGCCACGCAGCGCGCCUCCCCCACCCUCAUCUCCGCCGCCCGCCGCCUCAUCGCCACCGCCCUGCUCGACGACCCAUCCAACCAGUUCUUCGCUCUCCUCUCGCAAUCCUGCAUCCCGCUCCACCCGUUCCCCACGCUGUACAACACGCUCCUCUCCGACAAUGCCGGGCCUCAUGGCCGCCACCGCAGCUUCAUCGAGAUAAUGGACGAUGCCUACAUGAUUCAUGAUAGGUACUAUGCCCGAGGCGACGAUGUGAUGCUCCCGGAGGUGCCGUACGACCAGUUCCGGUUCGGGUCGCAGUUCUUUGUGUUGACGAGGAAGCAUGCCAUCAUGGUCGUCAGGGACAUGAAGCUAUGGAGGAAGUUUAAGCUUCCUUGCCUGAUCAAGCGCAGAGACUCGUGCUAUCCAGAGGAGCACUACUUCCCGACAUUGCUGGAUAUGCAAGACCCCGAAGGCUGCACCGGGUAUACUCUGACAAGGGUGAACUGGACGGAUCAAGUCGAGGGCCACCCUCACACAUACCGGCCUGGGGAGGUGUCUGCAAGCCUGAUCAAGGAGCUGAGGAAAUCAAAUGGGACAUACUCGUACAUGUUCGCCCGCAAGUUUGCUCCCGAGUGCCUUGAGCCACUGAUGGAGAUUGCAGACUCUGUCAUCCUACGUGACUAAUCCAGCAACAACACCACAUUUCAGGGUGUCGGAAUUUGUACACUGAGGUGAAUGAGGGUUGUGAUGUGAUGAACAAGCACAGAGUGUCCAUCUAUGCCCUUGAACUACUACGUGAGGAACAACAUAUCCCCUCUGUUUUGUUAUUCAGAGAUUUUCCAGCAAUUGAAUGCGCUGCUGGGAGGUGAGGAUGGUAUGACUACAAAUUGUCCCUACGUGAGUAUCCUGUAUGAAUGUGACAAUCUGUUGGAAAGUAAUAGUAGGGUGUUAGUUAGCAUGAUCGUCCUAUGUAUUACAUGGUGGCACUGUAAAUACAUGCAGUGAUGGUUUAUUAUUUUUGUUCCAUACAUGCCACGGCUAUUGUUAUUACACUUCUUAUGUUCUGCUUGCCAUGAUAAUGACAGUUUGUUUCUUA